UCCUCCUCCUCCUUCCUUUAAUCUCUACAGCUUAUAUAUGUAUAUAUAUAUAUAUAAGAAGUACAUGAGAUGAGAGAGAUCAAUAACCCUCCUUCAACUAAUUCAAGAACCUGAUUGGCAAGCAGCCAGCAGACACUAACUUACAAACACUAUUUUAGACUCAUCACACACAACCAACCAACAUCCAACCAAUCUAUCUCUGUCGCGACUCUCAUCCCUCCUGCUAUAGCUCUAGUCUCCAAGUCUCAUCAAAUAUAUACAACCAUCAUUUACUCUCGAUCGAUAUUUGCAGGCGCACAAGGACAAAAGCAUAUAUACUUAAUUGCUACUAUUAUAAUUAGAUCGAUCGAGCUAUAUACCUAUAGCUAAGAAAGUUAAAAAUUUCUGAGAAGAAAUGACUUGGAGUUGACAUGAUUUCUCGCCAUAUUCAACGGUGACGAUGAAUGCAGCUGUUGAAAUCAAUUCAACCAAGCAGAAGAAAACAAUGGAGUUGGAGUCAUCAGCUGUGCCACCAGGGUUUAGAUUCCAUCCAACAGAAGAAGAAUUGGUGGGUUACUAUCUUAGGAGAAAAAUUAAUUCUGAAAAGAUUGAUUUAGAUGUUAUCACUGAAGUCGAUCUUUACAAAAUAGAACCAUGGGAAAUACAAGAUAAGUGCAAGUUAGGCUACGAAGAAGAGAAUGAAUGGUACUUCUUCAGUCACAAAGACAAGAAAUAUCCGACAGGAACACGAACCAACAGAGCCACAACGGCAGGAUUUUGGAAGGCAACUGGGAGAGACAAAGCCGUGCUUUCUAAGCAAAGGAUUAUAGGGAUGAGAAAGACCUUAGUAUUUUAUAAAGGUCGGGCACCUAAUGGAAAGAAAAGUGACUGGAUCAUGCAUGAAUAUCGACUUCAAACAUCUGAACAUGGACCUCCUCAGGAUGAAGGAUGGGUUGUCUGUCGAGCAUUCAAGAAACCAACUCCAAGCCACAGACAAGGAUAUGAGGCUUGGAAUCAUGCUUAUUACCUCAAGGUAGCUUCUCAAAAUUUCAACAAAAAAGGUGGAGGCUACCAAGCAUUUGAUAGUAAUGCUACAAGUAGUAGCUCAAUGCAAUUAGAUGAUUCUAGUUAUCAUCAGCAACAACAAGGUAAUGCUAAUUUCCACCAUAAUUAUUUUGGUUGUGGUGAUCAAGACCAACUUGGUUCGAGUAAGCAUCAAUAUUAUAACUUGGAUGAUAAUCAAGUCAUGGAACUCCCACAACUAGAAAGUCCAUCUAUAUCCACAAGCUUAGCAACAACAGAAUUUGAUGGUAAUAAUGGUACUAAUGUGGGUUUCGAAGAAGAAAGGAACAACUAUGGAGCGCAGUUCGUCGACUGGAAAUCUGUGGAUAGAUUGCUCGCCUCAGAAUUAACUGAAAUGCCAUCUUCUCCUCAUGCAGUUGAAGCCCUGCCGCCACCACAAAAUGGUUAUUCCGUCCAUAACCAAGGAAGCUAUUUCCGUGAAUGUUUUCCGGAUUUGUAAUGAUCGUAAAAAAAAAAAAAAAAAAAAAAAAAAAAGAAACACGAAUAGAGUUAUCGACCAAUAUGUUCGAUGAAGUUGGUACCGCACGACAUAACAAUUAUUUCAUGAGGACUACGAACAGAUAUAAUUAAUUUACUGACGAUGAACUGAAGUUGUUAGAAUAUCAACAAUUAAUAAUUGACUUGUAUGAGUGAUUGAAAACGGUGAUUAGACAAAGAAGAAUUCUCAUAAAUCUUGUGAUUAGGGGGAUAUCUUCCCAUUAACGAGUUUAGGAUAUUAGUAAUUUAGAGUCCAUCUCUUUUAAAGCUUUGUAUCAAUUGUGUAUUACUUACUAUAUAUUAUGUUACAGAAUUUAUUUUGCAA